AGGGAGGGCUCUUCUCAGCCAGGCUAUGUGGGAGACACGUCCUUACUGGUCACUACAGAGACUCUAAGCGUGUGUCGCCCCCACCCCCCAACCCGUGGCCAUUUCCUGCCUGAGAAGCCAGCUGCAGACAUUUGUUUCAACUUCCCAGCCUGGAUCCUGGGAUUCCUUACUUCUGAGCUCACAUCCAGAUCCUGCCUUUUCAAACCUGUCUAUCUGGUGUCCCCUAGGGGCCCUUGUCCUGGGCUAUGGCCCAGAGGGCGGGCCUGGGGCCUGGGCAGUUGGAAGUUUGGGCCAUUCUGCUCUUUCUUGGAUUGUUCCAGUCUGGGAUGGGAGCUGAUGGGGCUGAAGCCCGCUGUGGCAUAAUCAUCCAGGCACGCAUCACAGGUGGUAACAGUGCAAACCCCAGUCAGUGGCCUUGGCAGGUCAGCAUCACCUACGAUGGCGUCCAUGUGUGUGGCGGGUCCCUCGUGUCUGAGCAGUGGGUGCUGUCUGCUGCUCACUGCUUUCCCAGAGAACACUACAAAGAAGACUAUGAGGUGAAGCUGGGAGCUCACCAACUAGACACCUUCAGUAGUGACACUGUGGUCCGUACUGUGGCCGAGGUCAUCUCUCACCCCAGCUACCGCCAGGAAGGUUCCCAGGGAGACAUUGCACUCCUCCGCCUCAACAGCCCCAUCACCUUCUCCCGCUCUAUCCAGCCCAUCUGUCUCCCUGCAGCCAACGCCUCUUUUCCCAAUGGCCUCAACUGUACUGUCACAGGUUGGGGUCAUGUGGCCCCCUCAGUGAGCCUCCAGAGCCCCAGGCCCCUGCAGCAGCUUGAAGUGCCCUUGAUCAGCCGUGAGACUUGUAGCUGCCUAUACAAUAUCAAUGCUAAGCCUGCAGAACCCCACACUAUCCAGCAGGACAUGCUGUGUGCUGGCUAUGUGAAGGGGGGCAAGGAUGCCUGUCAGGGUGACUCUGGGGGCCCUCUCUCCUGCCCUGUAGAGGGCCUCUGGUACCUGGCAGGCAUUGUGAGCUGGGGUGAUGCCUGUGGAGCCCCCAACAGGCCUGGUGUGUACACCAUGACAUCUAGCUAUGCUUCCUGGAUCCACCACCAUGUGGCAGAACUUCAGCCUCGUGUAGUACCCCAAACCCUGGAGUCCCAGCCUGACAGUCACCUGUGCAACAAAGGCAAUCUGGCCUUCAACUCAGCUCCAGCCCAGGGUUUGCUAAGGCCCAACCUCCUCCUACCACUGGCUCUGUCCUUGGUCCUCUUCUGCCCUUGGCAUGAGCACUGAACUGCUCACUCUGAAAGUUGCCAUGCUUCCAGGACAGUACACUCAACCAAGAACCUAUGCCUGUUUUCUAGAAAGUUCCUGGCCUUCCUGGCCCCAGCAGUAACUUUUGGUCUGGCUUAGCCCGAGACUCUGUGGGAGGUCAGAGCACCACUCUGAUCUUUGAGCCCAUUCUUCUAGAUUUGCUCUUUGGAACUAUAAUCUAGGACCAAAAGGCUUAAAGCCUGUGAAACAGGACCAGUACUUCUGGUCACCUCCACCUACUGUCUGCAGCUUAUUGCUGUGCUCCUAUGGAGCUCUUAAGAAGCCUCAGCUAUGAAGAUGAGCCCUGACAUCUACCUAUUUCUGGAAGUCUGAGCAGCUGCCUCAAUGGCUGCUGCAAAAGGCUAGCUCAAGGUCUUCACUACCCUGCCUGAUGAGCCUUUCACUUUGCCUUCUUCCUGACUUCUGAGUUUGCCUGGAUUUGAGACAGAAAAGACCCCAACCUUGUCCCAUUGGCUGCCAAGGCCCCCUUAAGCCCAACUCCUGAACUUCGGAGGACUGAGCCCCCACUGGAGCUCCAAUGGGGUUGGAUCAGAGUGAGGGAUAAAGGAACAAGGAGUAAAUGUUUUGAACACAA